UUGAGAAGAAGGCGCAAAAUAGCGUGAAACAGCCGUCGGCAUCAUACAAUCGUAAGUGGGAGGAGACCUCCUCCCUCCCACCGGACGGCGCACGCAACAGCCCGUAGACAGAAGAGACGCAGAGGUACGACCUAAAGGUGAAAUGGAGUGCGGACUGGCGUGGAGACGCAGCCGAAUGAAGAGACUGGGUAGGACAACGGCACAAAGACAGCUAGCAGUCACUCAGCUGAUCAUACCGAACUGCGGUCCUGCUGCCUGUCCUUACCGUCAUGGAAGAAGGCUGCAGCACACUGGUGAGAAGCCUCGAGCAAAAGUAUCUCGACGAUGAUGAGGAUAUUGUUCAAGACAUUAUUUUCACAGGAUUUACGGGUUGCUCGCCAUGUAAGAUGGCAAGCCAGAGAGCCCUAGAACUUCUUGUGCUGAACAACAUGAACAUUGACACAAUCGGCGAUUCCGAAAAGUUGGCCACCCUAGCAUCCCAUGUUUCUGAGGCGGAUCUCGGAUGGAAUCAAAUCUCAAAGUGGUCGGAUAUAGCUUGCAUCUUGAAAAAUUUGCCGCAUCUCCGUGUGCUAAACAUUGGUCAUAACCCGCUGAAUCCCGUGAUUGAUCAUGAAUUGCCAGUCUCCACACUACACACCAUUAUUCUUAACGUUCUACCAAAAGUCACCGAACUUCAUAUGUCUGACAACCAAUUUAACGACGACGACGACUGCGACGAACCCAUCAGCACCACCGUCCGAACUGUUCACCUCAACAGAUGCGGGUUCCUGAAAUGGUCGUCUGUUAUGAAUGUUGUCAAGCGAUUCCCAAAUGUGUGCUCAGUUUUUGUUUGCGAAAAUCCUUUAAAAGAUGUCACCCACUGCAAACAUUUCGAACAACUGCCGUUUUGGAAUUUCCUGAAUUUAGCCAAGACCUCUAUCGACUCUUGGGACAGUCUAGAUCAACUCAACAGAAUGACCUCUAUCAGCGAUCUCCGUGUGCCAAACAUUCCAUUAUUAGACGCCCUCACCAAUGAAGAGCGGCUGCAUCUUAUCAUUGGUCGUCUACAUCAUUUGCGCGUGCUCAACGGCUCCAAAAUAUCAAGCGAACAAAGAGAGCAAUCUGAACGGUUCUUCAUUCGGUACUAUCAGGAGCAAAAGGAGAAACCUCUGCAAUACAAAACUCUGAUUGAUAAGCACGGGAACCUCGAGAAGUUGGUGACCAUCGACCUGACACCGAAGAAAGAAGCCGUUGUGAAGAUCUUGUGCGAGGAGAAGGAAGUGAAUCAGGAGAUUACUAUCUCACUGGAACCAACCGUACUCGACUUUAUGAAAAUCUUAGACCCAAAAGUUGGAGUGAAAUUCACACGGAUGAAGCUGUUUCUACUCCGAGAGGAUGGCCGGACAGACGAUUUUUCAUCGAGUGAUUACAAUAUGCCGUUACACUACUUCAAAAUUGAGGACGGAGAUUCAUUUUUAGUUCAGGAAAAAAUAAUUGUAACCAGAAGACGGCGUCCACCAAGUUCCACGUCAAGUUCUUCUUCGUAAUUUUCAUCAUCCCUGGCAGGGAUUCCCUGCCACAUGUAUUGUAUAAAAUUCAAAUUUAGUUUCCUUGCCACAAACAACUCUGCUAUUCACGAUUUUUGUUUCGUUCAACUAGCCAAUUUCAUGUUCUAUUCCGCCAUGCUUUUUUUUGGUUGAAUCACAUCGAUUACGUAAAGUUUAAGACCAUCCAGGUUUUCUCAAUGACCCCCCCCCCCCCAUCAGGUGAACUAGAUGAUUAUCAUCACAGUUCAAUUCUUCUGCAGUUCCAUUUUUUUGCAUUUAAUAGUUUUUCUUUGUAGAUAGUUAUUUUUCCGGUUUGGAUUUUUUGAUAUGCAAUAAAUAUUCCAUUGUACAUAGAGAAUCAAGAUUUAAUUGCGAAUAAAAACAAGUGUUU